AUGGGGUGCUGCACCUCGUCGCAGAAGAAGGGCGCCGCGGCGGGGGACAGGAGGAAGGAGCCCGCCGAGAAGCCGUCCCAGAUCGCGCCGGCCGCCUCGCCGUCGCCCACGCCCUCGCCAUCAGCUGAGAUGUCAAGAUUAGAGGCCAGUCAGGGGGCCGUGCGCACUAAGUUGAUCUCAAGCCCUGGUCUGCAUACCAAUCGCCUAUCUUUCACCUACGAGGAGCUGAAUGCGGCGACAUUGGGCUUCCCACAAGAUCACUUUCUAGGAGAGGGUGGGUUCGGAAAGGUUUAUAAAGGUGUGCUGGACGGCAACGAGGUUGCUAUAAAGAUUCUCAACCCCAAUGGAUUGCAAGGGAACAGAGAGUUCUGCACAGAAGUUAUGGUGUUGAGCAGGAUGCAUCACCCGAAUCUCGUCAAGCUUGUUGGCUUCUGCACUGAUGAUGAUCAGAGGCUUUUAGUCUAUGAAUACAUGCCUCUGGGUUCAUUGGAAACUCAUAUUUUUGAUCUUCCCCCUAAUAAGAAGCCUCUUGACUGGAAUACAAGGAUAAAUAUACUUGCUGGGGCAGCUCAAGGCCUGAAGCAUUUGCAUGUUAACUGCAACCCUCCUAUCAUAAACCGUGACGUGAAGUGUGCGAAUAUUUUGCUUGGUGAGGAAUAUCAUCCAAAGCUGGCCGACUUUGGCUUGGCAAAGCUAGGUCCGACUGGCGACGAUACUCAUGUUUCAACUAGAGUGAUGGGUACACCUGGGUAUUGUGCGCCGGAGUAUCUUGAGAGCGGUCAGUUGACUAUCAAGUCAGAUGUCUACAGCUUUGGUGUUGUCAUACUGGAGGUAAUCACAGGAAGAAAGGCUUUAGAUCAGAGUCGAAUCAAAGCUGAGCGUAGCCUUGCUGAAUGGGCCACCCCUUUGAUCAACCGGAGGGAUUUUGCAAUGUUGGCAGAUCCAGCACUUGGCAAUCAGUACAGCAUGACAUCAUUGUACCAAGUCCUUUCCGUUGCUCGAAUGUGCCUGAAUACAACAGCCAGCCAGAGACCUCAGAUUACAGACGUAGCUGCCGCUCUCGCUCACAUCUCAAAGUCCAGAAGAACGCGGCGACCAGCCCACCAGCAGUCAGCAGCUCAAGUUCACCAACCCGGGGAAGAUAUAUAA